AACCAGAGGGGUUCUCUAGGUUCACACAGCUGGAACCCAUCUCCAGGAACAAACAGCUGGAAGCCAUCUUCAGUUGGAGGGAAAUUUCCAGAUUUUUACACCUCCAAGGCAGUGAUGGCUCUCCAGAGGACCCUUUCGUUGCUUUUGCUCUUACUGCUGACCCUGCUGGGGCUGGGGCUGGUGCAGCCCUCCUAUGGCCAGGAUCGUAUGUACCAGCGAUUCCUGCGGCAACAUGUGGACCCUUCAACGACAGAUGGCAAUGAUGGCUACUGCAACGUAAUGAUGCAAAGACGGAGGAUGACCACGCACCACUGCAAGUCUUUCAACACCUUCAUCCAUGAAGACAUCUGGAACAUUCGCAGUAUCUGCAGCACUACCAGUAUCCAGUGCAAGAAUGGCAAGAUGAACUGCCAUGAGGGUGUAAUGAAGGUCACAGACUGCAAGGAGACAGGAGGUUCCAGGGCCCCCAACUGCAGAUACCGGGCCAUGGCCAGAACUCGGCGUGUUGUCAUUGCCUGUGAGGGUAAUCCGGAAGUGCCUGUGCACUUUGACAGAUAAAUGCCACCCUGCAGGUGUUAUGGCCCAGUAGUUGGCCUUUAACUUACUCCUUGAAUAGCAAUGAGUAAUGCAUUUGAGCUGUCCCAGGCUGUCUCCUCUGCUUCUUUCUUUCUUUUUUUUUUUUCUAUAUAUAACCUAUUUGUUACAUUCAUUGCAUCGAAGAGAAAUGUAGACAAAUCUGUAAUAAGGCUGGGCUUUUCUGUAAUAAACUUUCCUGUAAACUCUUCUGCUUCCUUUUAUAAUACUGGGCAGCUUAGCUCUCUCAGAUCCUAGCCUCCGGAAUUUAGUCAUUAUAUGUAUUUCUAUAGCACUUCAAGCAUUUCAAAGUGCUUUCAUCUCAGUUAUCUCAUUCUAAAACUGCAGCACCCUUGUGAUGCUGAUGUUGUUAUACAGAGGAGCUCAAAGUUAAGGGAUUUGCGGAAAACCAUGAAGUUAGUAGAAAACCUGAGGCAAAAAUCCACUUCAACUGGCUGCUACUAAUCCAGGGUUUUCCCCACUUCAUCACAAGGAGUGUUUCGAAAGUAUCUGCUUUCUGUGAUUCCCAAAAGUCAGCUGUUGGGGGAAGCAUUAAAAGUUUGGAAAUAUGUACUGGUAAAAUGGAAGCUCUAUCUGUAUAAUUUGGCAACCUUGUUAUGCUUGGGUCUAAUAAGAUCAAGAAACGAUACAAGGAAUUUUCUUUUUCUCUUCCCAAACGUUUGAAUCACUAUAGUAAGUCAGAGUAUUAACAAUGUACUAGACUAGAUCAUUAAGACUCACUCGGUCUUCCCGACUGAAAGACUUUUCCUGUAUUUCUUAUAAUAAAGAACUCAAACUUCAGGUA